UGAUCCUGUAGUACGCCUUUGACUCUUAUUCCACUUUAUGAUACAAAAAACAGAGACGAUGACCGAAACAGCGACCCUCGUUUCCAUGAGUCCCCAAUGUGUUCAGUUGGGACGACCGCUUCUUCUUCGUUGCGGUCUUCAGAUGAAUGGGUGGCUUCUACAAGUCCAAGAUCUGUCCGGAUUUGUGUUCCUACCGAAAAUUUGUUCUUGCGGCAACGACGAGGAAUAUCAUUACAAGAAUGAAUUACAACAGGUGUUUUUACGAGACGAGCGUGAGCGCUAGAUGAUGAAGAUUGCAUGAAUUAAACAACACCAAGACGUCUUUGAACGUAAUCUACUUGCUUCAUGGAUUAAAGCAUGCUCGCGCCGCAUGACAUUACUUCUUUGUCUUUUUCGUCAAUGGCGUUGCGAAUCUUUUCAUGUUGAUCAUCAAUCAUCUUCCCUUUGAUUCGACUGUCGUAAGUUGAAAUUCUUUCGUAUUGAAUCUGAAGGAGGAUCAGGUGCGUCGCGAUGAUGUGUUACCGUGACGAACAAAACCCUGGGUAGGACAUCCCCUCAAGAAGGACCUAGCAGGAGAAAUGCACCCCCGAAAGUUAUUCUGUUUUUUCGAGCUGCAAUUAUUGGCAGUGUCUAUAGAUGAAUGUUUAUAGCUAAUGAACAGGCACCAUUUAUCUGCCACCACAACAAUCCCGCCCCCGAUAUGCCCAUGCAAUAAUACACAAAAAUAUGGCAGCCGUUUGCCUUCGGGCAUCACGGCUCUUCCGUCAUGCACAAAAGACGGCUUCUGGCUGAAGUGCACAUCGGUUCCCAGGUCCACUCAAGUGCUCAUAUGAAUCGAUCAAGAAUGAACAGUCGGUUACUUAAAAAUCACACAAAAUUCCGUUGACCCGUCUUUGGUGACACGGCUCAUCCGUUCUUCUUCGAAGUGAUCACGGUUCAUGUAGAGGUUGUUAGAUUAGUGAGCUUCGGAAUUUCGUUUCAAGCUCUUUUUCCGUGUUGCGACUUGGGAGGCACUCACGCCCUUCUCCCUUUUGGAGAAUUCAGGUUGUGAUAUAUUCUUGUAUCACCUGUAUCUAUAGGUUAGACACUUUGUCGGCCAUUUUACACCGUCGCAGGAAGUGUUUCGUCUUGCCGAUGAUUUUGCACAAUCAUUUGAGACGCAAAGACGAUGACCAAAAUCGGUAUCAUGGUGCAGAAAAGAAAGCGAUUGUUUACAUCAGGUAGUCCAUAUGGCAUAGAGAUUGAGUUUAUCUUCCAAAAUUGUCAAAGUAAGGCACUGUUGUUUUUCCCUGGACUACUUUUAUCUUCAUUCAAAACAUUCAAGUAAGAUGCAUCAAAUGUGAUUUAGUGUUUUCAAUUUUAUUUGGUUGAAAAACCAGACUAAUACAACUAAAAGUAACAUGAAAAUCGUUUUGGAAAAACUAUUAAUCAAAAGUACAAUAGAUGUGAUCCCUAUCGACCAUAAGUAUCCAACAAGAUCAAGGUUUCAGAUUAGGAAGAUAGAAGAUAGAGGAUGUGGUUGUUCAUCUUCUAGUUCCUCACUUUCCUCUUUAGUACAGGAGUUGUUCGCCCGGUCGCCGGCCUGAUGGGGCAUGGUAUGGCGAAAGACGUUGCUCUAGAAGCUACCAGAUCGAACAAGUGCAACAUGGACGCGUGUGAGGAGUAUGCGGCAGGCUACAAGGACGGCGAUUGUUGCGCUUUGCCCGUCAUGGCCUUCUGCAGUGCGGAACACGGCUACGUGGCUGGGCAGGAUGGUUGUGGAUUUGCCUAUGCCGAGGGACAGAGGUCAGUGUGUAGGGUCCCAAAAUCGUACUGGGACAACAAUAUGGAAGACCCUUUUCCUGCGGAUGUUCAACGGGGCAAUUUGUCAGGGAUCCCCCGUGAGCCUCCGGAGCACAUCAAGAAUGCCGGUGAAAGCCACCUUGAAGCGGGAUGGUGCACAGGGGAAGACGAAGCGGGGGAGGGCGAAAGCUUCAGGUGGAACGAAAACGGGGAACACGAAAGACAAGGCUUCCUUGAUGACAUCUUGGCGUACGACAACUUUGCCCUGACGUUUGCGAGGAGUACGAGAGGGGCCGGUUGGAUACUUUCUGCCGGUCGGGCUUCACCUAUCGCAAAGGCGCGGACGGUUGUGGGUGGGGGGUCACCCAAGCGACAAGUGUCAACGUGCUGCAUACGGAAUGGUGGUCCAGCUUCCUCCACGUCUAGUGGUACUUCGAGAAGCAGUGCUGGCGAUGAUAGUCAUGCUAGAAAUGGUGUUGGCCAACACGAUAAUUUGGGUCCGAAUAGCGAACGCGGCUACACGCCGAUUUCUAUGGAAGAAGCUAGAAGUGCGGUCAACAAUGUUGCAGAUGGGAAUUACAUAGCAGGCCCGAUGAACUUAGCUGGAGCAGGGGGAGCACCAGGAGUAAGUGGCAAUUCCGAUCGAACUGGCAAUUCCGAUCUGAACGAGCAACUAUGA